AGUUUUGCUUUGCUUUAGUUUCCAGCAUUUCCAAAAACAUAAAUGGCGUCUACAUCGACCAUGCAGCGCGGCGACUCCAUAGCCGACAACAUACCCAAUGCCCUGAAGCAGAGCCACUAUUACAUGAAACGCUGCUUUGCUAAGUACAUGGAGAAGGGAGGAAGGAUCUUGAAGGUUCAAGAACUGAGGGAUGAACUCGACAAAGUGAUUGACGAUAAGAGCGAGAGAGAUCGGAUCUUUGGAGGCUCCUUGGGCGCCAUGUUUUCCUCGGCUCAGGAGGCGGUUGUUGUUCCGCCUUAUGUCACCUUUGCUGUGAGACCAACUCCUGGAUAUUGGGAGUUCGUUAAGGUGAACGCCUUCGAUAUCUCUGACGUCAAACAAAUCUCCUCCGCAGAUUACUUGAAACUCAAAGAGACGAUCGCCGACGAGAAUUGGUCGAAAGAUGAAAAUGCAUUGGAGGUGGAUUUCGGAGCGUUCGACUUCUCGAUGCCGAAAUUAACGAUGGCUUCUUCAAUCGGAAAGGGGCUCAAUUUCGUGUCGAAUUUCAUUACUGCUAAGUUAAGUGGAUCUGUGGACAAUGCACAGCCUCUUGUUGAUUACUUACUCUCACUGGAAUAUCAGGAGAGGUAUAUGAUAAAUGAGACCCUUAACACAGCAACUAAGCUUCAGAUGGCUCUUAUAGUAGCCGAAGUUUCCCUCUCAGAUCUUCCCAAGGAUACUCCAUACCAAAGUUUGGAGCUACGGUUCAAGGAAUGGGGCUUCGAGAGAGGCUGGGGCGAUACGGUUGAAAGAGUGCAAGAGACGAUACAAUUGCUCUCGGAAGUGCUCCAAGCCCCUGACCCCCUGAAUUUGGAGAAGUUCUUUAGCAAACUUCCCAUAAUGUUCAAGGUUGUAAUAUUCUCUCCCCAUGGCUAUUUCGGACAGUCGGACGUCCUCGGCUUGCCAGACACCGGUGGGCAGGUUGUUUACAUUUUAGAUCAAGUGAGGGCCAUGGAGGAAGAAUUGCUUCUCAGAAUCAAAUGCCAAGGCCUCAACAUAAAGCCUCAAAUUCUUGUGGUCACACGGCUCAUACCUGAUGCCCGAGGCACCAAGUGCAACCAAGAGUUGGAACCAGUCAUUGGCACCAAAAACAGUCACAUCCUCCGAGUUCCGUUCAGGACUGAAGCUGGAAUCCUGCGCCGAUGGGUUUCACGCUUCGACAUUUAUCCUUAUCUCGAGAGGUUUGCACAGGAUGCUACAUCCAAGAUCCAGGAUGCAAUGGAGGGAAAGCCAGACCUUGUUAUCGGAAACUACACUGAUGGGAACUUAGUAGCAUCACUGGUUGCUGGCAAACUCGGAAUAACCCAGGCGACUAUUGCGCAUGCUUUAGAGAAGACCAAGUAUGAAGACUCCGACAUCAAGUGGAAGGAGCUUGAUCCAAAGUACCAUUUUUCAUGCCAAUUCAUGGCUGAUACAAUUGCAAUGAAUGCCACAGAUAUCAUUAUAACAAGCACAUACCAGGAGAUUGCAGGGAGCAAAGAGAGACCAGGACAGUAUGAGAGCCAUGCUGCAUUUACACUCCCAGGGCUCUGUAGAGUUGUUUCAGGCAUCAAUGUUUACGACCCCAAGUUCAACAUCGCUGCUCCUGGAGCUGAUCAAUCCGUAUACUUCCCGUACACUGAGACUGAAAAACGAUUCACAUCGUUUCAUCCCGCAAUUGCAGAACUCCUGUACAGUAAAGUGGAUAAUGAUGAACACAUUGGUUAUCUAGCUGACAGGAAGAAACCAAUCAUCUUCUCGAUGGCAAGACUUGACACUGUGAAGAAUUUGACUGGAUUAGCCGAAUGGUAUGGGAAAAACAAGAGGCUAAGAAGUUUGGUCAACCUUGUAAUAGUGGGGGCCUUCUUUGAUCCCUCUAAAUCAAAAGAUAGAGAAGAAAUGGCUGAAAUAAGAAAGAUGCAUGCACUUAUGAAGUACCAACUCAAAGGCCAGUUCAGAUGGAUAGCGGCGCAGACCGACCGGAACAGAAACGGUGAACUUUACCGCUGCAUUGCUGAUACAAAGGGUGCAUUUGUUCAGCCAGCUCUGUAUGAAGCAUUCGGUCUUACAGUCAUUGAGGCAAUGAACUGCGGUUUGCCAACCUUCGCAACCAAUCAAGGAGGCCCGGCCGAAAUCAUUGUUGAUGGAGUUUCCGGUUUCCACAUUAAUCCCACCGAUGGAGAUGAGUCAAGCAACAAAAUCGCCGACUUCUUCGAGAAAUGCCAGGCCGAUCCUGCACAUUGGAAUCAGUUUUCAACAAAUGGCUUGAAACGGAAUGAAUGCUACACCUGGAAAAUUUAUGCAAACAAGGUAUUGAAUAUGGGAUGCAUGUAUAACUUCUGGAAACAGCUGAACAAAGAUCAGAAACAAGCUAAACAGAGAUAUAUUCAAGCAUUCUAUAAUCUCCUAUUCAUGAAUCUGGUAAAAAGUGUACCUUUAGCAAGUGAUGAAACUCAACAAUCAAACUCAAAGCCAGCAGGCAAACCACAGUCUACAAAGCACCACGAGGUCACAGUCACGACUUCAAAGGUUGUUUGGAGCUUAACAUUCCUAUGUGCAGCAAUGGUGGAUGCUAAUAUGAUUCAUGCGGGAGAUUACUUUAUUUAAUCAUGUAAUAAGUUGUUUGAAAAUAAGAUAAAGAAACUACUGGGAGGCCAGUGGAUUAUGAAUUUGCAUAGAUUGCUACUAGUUCAGCUGCGUUGAGCUUGAUCAAAGUGAAG